AUGUCCGGAUACGACCGAGCUCUUUCAGUUUUCAGCCCUGAUGGGCACGUCUUCCAGGUGGAAUAUGCUAUGGAGGCUGUCAAGAGAGGUACAUGUGCCGUCGGUGUAAAAGGAAAGGACAUCGUUGUGUUAGGAUGCGAGAAGCGGUCCGCUCUGAAACUCCAAGAUACCCGUAUCACACCAUCGAAGAUCGCUGUCCUGGACAACCACGCCAUUCUCGCCUUUGCUGGCCUAAACGCCGACGCUCGGAUUCUUAUCGACAAGGCCCGGUUAGAAGCUCAGUCGCACCGCUUGACCGUCGAAGACCCCGUCAGCAUCGAAUACAUCACCAAAUACAUUGCUAGUGUGCAGCAGCGGUACACGCAGAGCGGAGGUGUCCGGCCCUUCGGUAUCAGUACUCUCGUUGUCGGAUUCGAUCCGAACGACCAGACACCUAGGCUAUACCAGACGGAACCUUCGGGUAUCUAUUCUGCCUGGAAAGCGAAUGCCAUAGGCCGUUCCAGCAAGACCGUGCGCGAGUUCCUUGAGCGUAACCACCAGGAUGAGAUGGACCGAGAGCAAACUAUCCAGCUUACGAUCAAGUCGCUGCUGGAAGUGGUGCAGACUGGCGCCAAGAACAUCGAAGUUGCCAUUAUGUCACCCGGCAAAACGAUUGAGAUGCUGCCGGAUGACCAGAUAGAAUCUUACGUUAAGAGCAUAGAGACGGAGAAGCAGGAGGAGGCAGCCAAGAAGAAGACCCGCACCGGCACUACUACGGCGGCUAUCCUAACACGGUCCGGCGGCGGGGAGUCCAGCGAGGCUCAGUAG